GCACAAGCACAGUCCAUAUCUUGCAAGUCUUUCGUUAUCCUUUAAGCCUCCUUCCACAACAACAUUUUUUUUUUCCUUUAAUGACGCUUAAUUUCAGAUCCUUAGGAGAGGAGGGGGAUUAUUCAUUCAUAUAAAACAAUCUGCAGCAUGGUGCCAGUCUUCAAGUCCUAUUCCCUCCUAUAUGUGGCGAAAGUCAUGUAUUAUUAAGAGAGAGGGGGGUGAAAAAAAAGAAAGGCCGUGUGGAAACGCGUGUAUGCCCGUGGAUUUGAGGUGGAUUUUUUUUUUUUUUGUGGGGGGGAAGCAAUCGAUCCAUCCAAGGCUUGAGGAGGAAUAUUGCUGAUGGUUACAAAAGAAGGCGAGAUGUCUUUCUCUCAAUUUGGAUAUCCUUACAAUGCAACCUCACAGUUUUUCGUGUCGGCAAACCCCAGUACGACUUGCUGCGAUUCGAUUUCCAGGUCGGUACCGGACGGGUCCACGGCGGGAGCGCAGAACUCCACCUCCGCCGCGGCCGCGGCAGCAGCCGCCGCUGCCGCCGCCGCCGCCUCCUUCUGUUGCCCGCCUUACGAGAACCGGCUGCUGACGGGGAGUCGCUCGGAGCUCAACGCGGCUCUGGGCGUGUACGGAUCCCCCUACGCGGCGGCGGCUGCAGCCAGCCAGAACUACGCCAACUACUUCCCCUAUGGAGCAGACCCUUCCGCCGCUAUCUACUCCUCUCUGAAUCCGCAGUACGACAUGAAGGAGAGCACGGGCACUUUGCACUCGGGCAUCAGUCAGACAGCAGCCUACUAUCCCUAUGAUCCCUCCCUGGGCCAGUAUCAGUAUGACAGAUACGGGACGGUGGACUUCAACAGCACGGCCAGACGGAAGAACGCCACCCGGGAAACCACCAGCACCUUGAAAACCUGGCUGUACGAGCACCGCAAGAACCCCUACCCCACCAAGGGCGAGAAGAUCAUGCUGGCCAUCAUCACCAAGAUGACCCUCACCCAGGUCUCCACCUGGUUCGCCAACGCCCGCCGGAGGCUCAAGAAGGAGAACAAGAUGACGUGGUCGCCCAAGAACAAGGCCAACGACGACAGGAAGGACGACAUCGGCAAGGGCGACCAGGACUGCCUCACCAAAGAUUCCAGCGACUGCAAGGAAGAAAAGGACUUGCACCUGAGCGAUUUGGACGACAUGGACGAGGACGACUGCGACAAGCUGGAAAGCGAAUGUGAAAAGGUGGUCUCGGACGAGCAGGACCUCCAUAGGUCCCUACCUGGCUCGCCCCCAAAGAGGGACUGUUCCUCGGAGCUUCACCUCAACCUGGUCAACAGCUUCCACCACGCCUUCCCCUGCGCCGUCAAAACCGGCCUCCCUUCUCUUCCGCCCGACUUCUUGGAUCCGUCGAAGACCGCUUCCACCACAGGGACCUUGACCCUGUCUCACUUUGAAGCUUCGGACAAACCGAGGAUUUGGUCUCUGGCUCGUACGGCUGCUUCGGGUGUCAUCCUGAGCCCCCAGCACGUACCUGAGCUGAGGAACUCCAGCGGGGACUGCCAGCUCCAGAGGUUGGCUGGCGCUCCUGGCGGACAAUGCGGGCUCAUGAGAGGCCUCCAGGAUGUCCCCGGUGCUGUGAGCCCCUUUCCUGAGGGCCCCUCUUUGCAUUCCAAAGUCUACGGCCCCGGCAGCUACAAUCACAAGGGCCUCCAACUGCACUGUCCGUCCUACGCUGCGCUCCCUGACGCAUGCCAGUACUCCACUUCGGAAGGAUUCUCCAGCAAGGCGGCAGAGACAUCACAAUCAUCAGAACUCAGUGACGCCUGUGCGAGCAUGCAUGAAGACAAGGCUGCUGCAUUCAGACCUGCGAUGAAGAGGUGAAGCAGAUGAACGGAGGAUGUCCCACGAUAACAAACUGGGAAGUUAAUUAUGCACUAAUGGACAUACUGGUCUCAGUGGGACAUUUGCUGUGUGGAACAUUUUGCACAACUUUUUUUUUUUUUUUUUUUUAAAUAUACGGUGUUGAAGACUUUAUGCAAAAACCAUACAAAGGUAUGAGAAAUGUGUGUGGCAAUCGCAAUUUGUGUAUUUAUUUUAUUUAUUGUGCAAAUGUUUGUUGAGUGACUUUGUGUCUCCUUUAAGUGUUCUGUUAAAAAAAAGUGUAUUGUCGUGCAUUUGUCUUCAAAAAAAGACAAAAGUGGCCACUUAUUCAGUUCAAUGUGUCGUGUUAUUGUGUAAAAAUGUGAACAAAUUCUGUGGGGUUUUUUUUGUUAUUUUUUUUUCUAAAAAUACAUGUGUUUUUUCCAA